AAAUUCUAUUGAGAAAACGGAGGAAAGUCACCAACUAAUGUGAACACCGCACGGCAAUAAAAACACUGGGACGGCCAUUCGUGCAUUGAGCGUGCGGCCGCACAGCUGACUUUUGGGACAGAUUGUGACACCGGCUGUCAAGAGGUGAGGAAAACGUGCGCUGUUUUCUCGGGUUUUUCGGGCGUUUUUCUGGUCGGUGGACAAUGUUUACACGGAACUUGAGGCGGAUAGUGAGUCUGCACAGGAAUCUGCCGGAAGCAUGGGUGUUCAGGCAGAAAGUCGUGCGAAUUGAGCCUCUGGCAGGAGUUCUGAAGUUUCACACUUCUCUGGGGAAUCCGGGAAAGAUAUUCCCUGAGCGCGAAAAUGACUAUGCUCAUGGGAUUCUCAAGAGAGUCGGCAAGUAUCACCUGAUGCAGGACGAAGUGAAGUCUAUCGGGGAGCUGCUAACGGACGAUGAGUUUAGCAAGAUCAGCACGAGGAAAGACUGGAUGGAGGCUUCCAUGCAGGAACUGGUGCAGACUUUCGAGCGAUUGGCGGUGUACUGUGGGAAGAACGACGUGAAAAUAGCCGAUGAGAGACUGGACGCUUUGGUGGAUGCUAUAGUUAAGCAGUGCUUCAACUUCACAGACGAGGAAAUUCUCAAAGCCCUCCAGAUGCUGACUCACUUCCCGCCCUCUGAGAGUCUCAAUACGCGGAAUUUCGUGGAGCUGUGGUCAGCGUUGGAUGAUGCGUGUGUGGAUAGGAUCGCGAGGUGGCAGACGGAGGAAUUGCUGCUCGUGUGCGAUCACUGGUACGCCCUGAACCUGGCCAAAGUGUCCAAGUGCACGUUUCAGUGCACGAAGAAGCUGGGCAAGAAGCUGAAGAGUCUCUCGCCCACGGAUUUAGUGCAGACGAUGUUCUACGUGAACAUGUGUCGGAAGCCGAUGGUGGACAUGUUCAAUUUCGAGGUGAAUCUGUUCGAGUCCAUCGACCAGUUGUCUGUGGAUGAGAUCGCCGUGAUGAGCAUGGGCUUCUUCAAGACGGAGACGAGGAUCAGGAAUCCGGAACUGAUUGAGAAGAUCUUUGAACGCGUGAUCGCGGACAUCAAAACCCUACAGGACAUCAGUCUCGUGAACAUCAUGAAGAUUCUGAGGUAUUCAGCUAAGCUGCAGCAUAUUUCGAGCUUGGAGAACUUCUUCAAGGCUGUCACGCCUGAGAUUCAUCGUCUGUCACUGCUCAGUUGUCUCCAUGUGGCACUCUUUGGCACGGAUAUGCAAUACUAUAAUCAGGAUUGCCUUGAGAAUAUCAUCCAGAAAUUCUCUGGUGAUAUUAAGACGUGCCGACUGAAGGAGUUCGAGCGAUUGUCCUUCGUGAUGGGCUUGUACUGCUUCUCGAUGAAGAACGGCAGCCACACGAAGCUCUGUGAGGGCAUCCUGGCCGACUUGCCUAAUCGCAUCACGGAAAUCAUGAAGUACCCGCGAUGCUUUCCCGCCUGCCUCCACUUCCUCACGCUCUGCGGUCACCACAAUGCAGAACUGAUCAGCACCGUUCUGGACCCGAAGUUCUACGAGAUGGCCUAUGGGAAGAACCACGCAGCGAGUCGGGAAAUACUCUGCUUGGACUCCUAUGCGAGGAUCAACCUGAAGGACACCUACAAAGGUCACCUGUUGCCGGACAAGCUGAGAGCGUUGCUCUCGAAGAUCCACACCAACUACAUCCCGGCCAAGGAGCAGCGCUACAAACUCUCAGCGGCGGACACGAUACUUCUGGAGAUUAAGGAAGUCUGCGAUCAGGUGUAUGGGCAGGAAUCGUCGCAAAUCUGCCACGCAUUGUCGCAGUACGAGCGUCCGGACAUUGUGAUGGUGUUAAACAAGAAGACCAAGGAAGCCGUGUCACUGAAGGACUCACUUUCGGAAGAUUACACUGGUCAAAUUCUCUCCCGGGAGUUCCUACUGAAAGAUCGUCCAGACAGAGAGGACUUGGAGAUCUUCUCGAUAGUCGUUGGCGGAUGGAAUAUUCUCGUGAGGAACAACAACAGCCUCACUGGACAGCUUAGGCUGAAGUUAGAGCAAUUGCGACUAAUUGGACUCCAUCCUGUGAUGAUUCCCUGGUAUACUUGGCGGAAACUGGCGACGCCAGAUGAUCGCACGGUGUAUUUGAAGAGCCUCCUGAAGAGUCAACAGUAGUCAAUGUCCAGCACAGAGUCCUGUAGAUUAAU